UUUAUUAAUAUCGGUAAGCGACUUAUUUUUUAAAAUUACGGCGUUGCUUACUUCGUACAGAUUUGGACUAUGACUUGAUCAUCUCUAAAGCGAUGGCCAUUAACGGAUCUUUAAUGCAACAUAAAAGAUAUGAAAGCAAACACCGUACCUCAAUUGUAUAUGACACUACCGCGAGAAAUAUCAUUGCCAGAGGCGACAAGGCUGAUAAAGCGAAUGAGAAUCCGAAAGGGCUCCAGGAAGGCGCUAUUUAUGUACACAACACCCUAAGCGAGCUCGCUAACAUUUAUUUAAAAUCGAAGCAACAAUCCUUCGACAAUACGGCACUGUACGCGCUCUUGUACGAGGAGGCUAUAGACCUGUUACAAAAAAUACUGGAUCAUUAUAAACAAGAAUUGAAUGGUGUAAAUAUGGAUUUUUAUUAUUCUUUGAAUCUUCCAACCAGUUGGGAUUAUAAAAUAAGAGAAGAAUUGUUCAUGCCUCUAUUCGUAAAAGCUGGUCUUCUCCAUGAAUAUGAUGGUCCAGAUAGGCUGUUUUUUUUUUCAAUGUUAGAGUUAAAUUUUCAAAUCAUGCAGACGAAUAGAAGUUUCCGGAUGGGUAGAAACAUAAAGCAUAAUAACCAUCGCAUCAUAUGUACAAUAGAUUAUCAAGGUACAUACUCCGUGGAUUUGAAAUUGGUAUCGGCUCAAUAUCCUACUUUCAGAUUAGCACAAAGAAAAUUGGUGCCACGAUUGUUGAAACAGGCUCAUUUUGUAAUCCCGUUUGGACUAAAGGAAUUACGAUUAUCAUUGAUAGCAUGUGUGGAAAAGCAUCAUUAUACUAUGUUAUCAUCAGAAUCUAUCGAUGACAUGCUUGAAAAACUCAGCCAAGAGUACAAGGGAUGUAAACGCCUCGUAAGAGUUCAUGGAAAGGAAAUUUGAAAGACAAUUAAAAACUUUUUUUUUUUUUUAUGCCAGAGAAAAGCAAGUGAUAUUUUAGAUGUUCAGCCAUUGCCAGACUUGAAAUCUCGCUGGACGAAUAAACCAAUCACUUUAAGGGAGAUACUUGAACAUUUUUUUGGUCAUGCAGAAAAAGUCUUUAUAAAUGAAGUAGAUAAACUUCUUGUAGGCAGGAGCAAUGUAGUACCCAG